AUGGAGUCGGGCCAACGCCGGGCGACAGCGUACGGAGAGAUAUUCGGAAGCCGGAGCGCUCCUCGACCACCCCGAGCGUAUGAACAAAACGGGGGAGAGCAGACGCAAUAUGCUCCAUAUGGCUACUAUAGCCAAUACCAGCCGUACCCACCUGGGACUCAAUAUUACCCACAACCACCGCCGCAACACUCGCCUUCACAUGGACAGGCACAUUACAUGCACCAACAAUAUGCGCCACAGCCACCUCCACCAGCUCCGAUGUAUGGACCACGAGCGGCUCCGGCACCGAGGCCGCGAAGUAUGUUGAGCGGGGGCGGCGGGUAUCCAGUGGGGAUCAUACCUCCACGCCCGCUGCACGAGGAUGUGCCAAAUCCGGAGAUUGAGCGACUCACUCAGCAAGGAUUGACACCGGCCCAGGCAUACCAAGCUCAGUACCAAAGAACACCCCAUAUCUCGCGCCCAUUCGAAUUGCCCAUGGUCGAAGUAACCCCCGACCCUCCAAUGAGCGGUCCAUGGGACAAAUCGGCCGAGUACCGCGACGAUGACGUGCGCAGUGACCAUGGUUCUGUACUCAGCUCUCGCCAUAGUUUCUACCUGCCCAGCCAAUCACCGCCUCACGCCUCACCUUCCCAGACCUCCACUCAGCGACCCCAACUCAUGCACCUAAACACGACCCUUGCUGCACAGGCAAGUCCGGCUGCACAUACAACUGGAGACACACAAUUGUCAUACUAUCCUUCUUCCUCGACAUCCCCUUCCCCUCCCAUUUCUAACGCCCCUGUCAGUCUAAAUCCCUCAGCCUCGCGCCGGUCCAUCGAAAGCGUGCGGACUGUACCGGUUGGGACCAACACGGGCAGCAUCGGCCGGCGUGGUCACACAUACACCGGUUCAAUUGGUAACGCUGGUCCGUCUGAUCGGAUUCGGUCCAUGUCUGCCUCUGCAAGUACCGCACGUCCCCCUGCCUCUACUGCGCGACCUCAACAUCAUGGCUCCCGCAAGCGUCCGCUUGUAUACCCGGCAUUGCUCUCCCGCGUCGCUGAUGCAUUCCGUCAACGUAUCUCCCUGGCUGUCGACCUUAUUGCGCACAUUAUCAAGACCUCGGAUCGAAACCUUGCUUUGUUGCUUGGGCGCGCCUUAGAUGCCCAAAAAUUCUUCCAUGAUGUUACAUACGAUCACCGUUUACGCGACUCGCCCGCCGAGAUAUACCAAUUUUCAGGCCCACGGACGGUUUCCUCGUGGGAAGUCGAAGGGGCAGGAGAGGAUGGUGAUUCUACACCUAUUCGUCCGGGUCUGAUUAGUCCUGCUAUGGGAUCCGGAUCUGGGACCGGCUCAGUCAAUACGGGCGCAAACACAGUCGAGGGGGAAGAUUCAAUCCCGCUCCCUUCAGGCGUGUUUACGCUUCUAACCGAUUGUUAUUCGCCGACUUGCAGCAGGGACAGAGUGUGCUACAGUCUCGGGUGUCCAAGGCGAAUCGAGCAGCUUCAUCGCCAGCCAUCACACCGGCCCCAGGUGGCAAAUGCCGCUGCUAAUCUCAUUACAAACUUGAGCGGAACGACGAUUAAUGCGGGAAGUACAUCUAGCCUCCCCGCCCGGCUAAUCAAGGGAAAUUCGAGCAAAGAGAGUCUGAUUGAUCAUGGGCUGAAGGAACCCGGACAAUUAUGGAUACACUCGGUGCCGCAAGAGGUUGUUGAUAGCGUGAGUGAUCAGGAGAAAAAGCGCCAGGAGGCAAUCAACGAGGUGAUAUACACCGAACGUGACUUUGUGCAAGACCUGGAAUACCUCCGAGACCGUUGGAUGGAGCCUCUGCGAACAGGCGACGUGAUACCUGAAAGCCGACGUCAGGACUUUGUGACGCAGGUCUUUUGGAACGUCGAAGAUAUCUUGGAUGUCAAUCACCGUCUCCGCGAACUGCUGACCAAGCGGCAAAAAGCAUACUCGGUCGUUGAAACGAUUGGGGACAUUUUCUUAGAAAUGGUGUACCAUUUUGAGCCAUUCGUGCAAUACGGCAAGCAUCAGUUGUACGGAAAACACGAGUUCGAGAAGGAAAAGUCGACCAACCCAGCAUUUGCAGCGUUUGUAGAGACGGUCGAACGACUACCGGAGAGUCGAAAGCUGGAGCUAAACGGAUACCUAACCAAGCCAACCACGCGCUUAGCACGUUACCCGCUCUUAUUAGAGGUCGUACUCAAGCACACUCCCGAAGGAAAUGUAGAUCGAGUUGCGAUUCCCAAGGCAGUCGCUAAGGUGCGCGAGUUCCUGGCCAGGGUAAAUGAAGAGAGCGGACGCACGGAGAACAGAUUCAACUUGCUGCAGUUGGACAAGGGACUGAUAUUCAGACCGGGAGAAGAAGCGGAUCUGAAACUUAAGGAUGAGCAACGCCAAUUGGUCUACAAGGGCCCGCUCAAGCGUCGUGGGGGUUCUGCGAGCGAAAACGGCGAUUUACAGGUGUUCUUGUUCGACCAUGCGCUUCUGAUUGUUAAGAGCAAGAUGGUCAACAAGCACGAGCAACUCAAAGUUUAUAAACGACCGAUCCCACUUGAACUACUCGUCGUAACUAUACCAGACGAAAGCACAACCCGUGCUUCUCGACCACGUACGACCCUUAUCCGACCUACCCCAAAUGGUACUUCUGUUAACGGUACUCCACCUCCAGCUCCCUCUACUAGACCAGACUCGCAAAAGAGCGGAUAUCAGCUAACGUUCUCGUACCUCGGUAAAAAGGGUUAUACACUCACACUAUGGGCCCCCACAUUCGUCGCGCGUAAGAAAUGGGUCGAGCAGAUCACCACUCAGCAAGACGCGAUGCGCGGACGUAGUAGGAUAUUCGACACCUAUUCGCUGAGCGAAGGAGUGUUCAAAGACGCUGUCAAAGUCAACUGCGCAGUUCCAUACGACUAUGGCCGACGGAUAGCAUAUGGGACGGACGAUGGCGUGUACUUCCAGUCGCUGCAUGGGGAGGUCGGAAAGCCUGUGAGACACUUAGAAUUGCCGGAUGUGCAACAGAUCGAUAUACUCGAGGACUACCAAUUGCUGAUUGUACUCUCUGAACGAUCAGUGAUUACUUUCCCUCUGGAUGCAUUCGAGCUUGACGAUCCGAUGAAACGGGCGAAACGAAUCGCAUCGCAUACGUCGUUCUUCAAGGCCGGAUACUGCCUCGGUCGAACUUUGGUAUGUGUUGUCAAGGCGAGCUCGUUGAGUAGUACGAUCAAGACGCUCGAGCCGAUUGAUCAUGCGAUACGUGGGAAAAACAAGCCGACGUUCAAGAAGUUACUACAGGGAGGAAAUGAUACAUUAAAGGUGUUCAAGGAGUUUUACAUUCCGACUGAAUCCCAUUCCAUCCAUUUCCUCAAAACCAAGCUGUGCGUUGCGUGUCCCAAGGGCUUCGAAAUUGUCGACCUUGAAACGCUGGAUACCCAGGUCCUGCUGGACCCUGUGGACGUAUCUCUCGAUUUUGUACAGCGUCGCGAGGAUGUACGCCCACUGAGUAUAUAUCGGAUAGAUGGGGAGUUUUUGCUGUGCUAUACUGGUAAAUAUGAACGUUUUUGGGUAGAGCGUACAUGGUCAGCUGACGACCGAACAGAGUUUGCGUUUUAUGUGAACAAGAGUGGGUGGAGGUCGAAGAAGGAAAUGGUAAUUUAUUGGGAAGGAAGCCCUACUGGGUUUGCACUUCACUAUCCGUACGUGAUGGCGUUUGAUCCAACGUUCAUUGAGAUCCGGCAUGUGGAGGACGGUGCACUUGUCCAGGUCAUUCGUGGGAACAACCUUCGUCUGCUAUUCGCAGAUACUCAGCCAUCAGUCACGAACUCGAACAUGAGCUCCGCAUCGUCGACACGGAGCAGCACGUCCGGCAUUCCUCAGUCUCAGUACCAAGCACAGUUUGGAUAUCCUCACCCUCAUAGUGGCCAGAUUCCGUAUGGCCAAUACGGCCAACCACCUGGGUACGGUCAACCGCCUGGGUACGGUCAACCACCUGGAUACGGGCCUCCGCACCACAUGAAUAUGUACGCGCAGCAAGCCGCGAAGAAGCGGACACAAGAGAGAGACGAGAUCAUACUUGCAUCGGACGAUAAGGUCAUGGCGGUUCGGCUGGCCCCUCCGCCACCGCUCGCGUCGGAGGUCACCGUAGCUACCGAGGCAUGA